AUGAAUUCUGGCGCUGUGGACCACAUUACGCCUUUGUCAGGGGCGCCAUCUUCCCCUGGUGUUCAAGCUCAGCCUGACAACUUUUUGGCAUUACCGUCUUGUAGAUCAAUCGUCGAGAACUCCGACGCAGAAGUUCAAUUCGAGCCUUCGGGUACUGAAACUCUGAACGCCGCCAAUCAAGAGGUUUCCCCCACCUCAGUGGAUCAUCCUGUAAUCAUGGCCAAUGAACAAGAUGUGUCUAUUUCAAGUCUUGCCUAUUUCUCCAACAGCAAGUUGAUCGCCUUGUCGAGACGCAUCGGCAACACCCAAGUCGCAGAUUUAUUAGCAAAGAUUGAAGCAGUUGUUAAAUCAACUACAGGAAGUCCCGUUGGAGUAAUUCCCUACCCGAGUGAUUUGGAAAAGGAGACUCGGUCUAUAUCCUUGUCCCAACAGAGUAGACUGGAUUAUAUUGAGUCCUACUUCGAUAAAGUGCACCCGCUAUAUCCAUUCCUUGACCGCGCCUGUUUCGAGAAUAGAGCGCGCUCAUCUCGGGUUGAGGAUAUUCUAUCUGUGGACGCUGCUUGGUGCGCCUUGUACCAUGCCGUCCUUGCCCUGGGCAGUCUUUACCAUGAGUGCGGUAGCUUCAAUGCCUUCUCAGGGACUGCUUGGGACAUUUUCCGAAUCUCUCUAGCCUUGUUUCCUCGAAUUAUCUUUGGUCAAAGAAGUUUAGUUACAGUCCAGGCGAUGGCUGCUAUGACUAUCUUUGGUACCACUUAUGCAGCUCUUCCUAUUGAGGGUAUCCUAAUUACUGAGGCUGCAAGGAUUGUGAGCUAUUUCCAAAUGAAUAAGGCUGAGGCCUGUCAGGCCAACUCUGAGUUUCAGAGAACCUUUUGGAUAAUACCGAGCCACGACAUAUCAUGCCCUAUUCCUCAGACCAACUUGCCGUUUUUGUCAGGCUUCAACUGGCUUCAGUGCAAGUCAACACACGCCCAGAUGGCCUGCGAUAUCUACCAACGGCUAUUCUCAGUCAAGGCCAGGUCUCUUUGCCAAGAAUCACGUCAACUAGAGGCGAGUCGAUGCUUAGAAGAACUAGAAACUUGGAAGCUAUCAGUUCCAGAGAAUCUUCGUCCUGGGCUUCGACUGCGAUCUCACCGACUAGGGCAGCCACAAGCAGUUUAUUUAGCGGUUCAAAUUCAUUUCUCCUACUACAACGUGCGUAUUGCCCUUGAGCGAGUCUGUAUUCUUGCGUGGGCACAAGAUCUCCAGGAGCAAAUGCGCUAUAAGUUACUUCUCACCGAGUCUGCAAGAUCCACUAUAGACCUCGUACACUUGAUAGACCUUGAGCCAUUCGUCUUGCCAUGGGUACAAUACAACGUGCCGCAGGCUGCAUUGUUUGUGUUGUUUGACUUUAUCAUUGAACAUCCCUGUCAUGACGAAACGAGAAAGAACUUGUCAUAUAUGCAAAUAGCCACAUCAUACUUCAUGCGGCUGCAAUAUGCGACCGGAAAUAAGGUCUUUGGCACGAUUCCGACACAGUUUCUCCAGAUAGCUACCAAGUUUGUGGAAGAUGCAGACAUCUCAAACAUAACUCAUCCAGGGGCUUCCGGAAAUCCACAACGUUCAGAACUUUGGCAGAGUCGUGAUAGUGGUAUAGGGACGAGUGAGUUUGAGGAGUCGAUGGGUUUUCAGUUUCCCAUCCACAAUGGAUUUGAGUUUCAAGAUACGGAUUUUUGGCUGACGGAAAGUGGAGUUUUGUCGUUUCUAGAAUCAAAUAGAGAUUUUGGUUUGCCAAAUCCAAUAUCUGAGGUUGAGACAAGUGUCAAAAUGGCUUCCUCCGACUUGAAAAGCUCGCCGCUGGUAUCAGUUACCCUGCAGAGUGUUGUCUUAGCAGCGACUUCAAAUUUGUUAGCACAGGUGCUAAUGGCGUAUCGUCUCAACGAACCCGUCGCGGUGGAUUGGAUGCCCGUCUCGCAAUUCAUCGUAUGGACUGCUGUGUCUACGCCUCCAAAUUACCUAUGGCAGGAUUACCUCGAGAAGAAGUUCCCUGGCUAUAACUCCAGGCAAAAAGAUGGCUCCGGGAAACAUGGUGAGGCUGCCAAUGACACACUCAAUGUGUUCAACACGCUUGUCAAGACCAUACUGGACCAAACAGUUGGGGCAGUUGUCAAUACGUUUCUCUUGUGUGCGUUUAUAAACUUCAUGAAAUCAGUCGUGGUUGGUUCAGUCUCUUCAGGGUGGGAAAUCAACUAUGCGCGCGUCGACUGGUUGUUCAUCCUCAACAAGGCGCAGGAGGAUUUCUACCCCCUCCUCGUGGCGGGUUGGAAGCUGUGGCCGGCGUUCGCCGAAGUCGUACAAACUCUCGUCUACCCCAAAGCCCAAGCGACCAGGUCAACGGGACGGCUACCAAGCCCAGCGCAACCAUGA